GGAUUAAGGGCCGCCAAUGAGCUGCGGGCGGGGUGUCUGUAAUGGUCGGGCUCAGCUGAUGUCUUCCAGCGGAGUUGUUUUGGAGGGUCCGGGGCCAUGCUGUGACUCACCAUGACAGGCUCCAUCCCCUGGGCUCUGGAGCUGGGGCUGACGGUGCUGUGCUCGGUGCUGUGCUCCCUGCUCUUCCUGCUCGUCUAUGUGCAGCUCUGGCUGCUGCUGCACUACAGGCAGAAGAGACUGAGUUACCAGAGCCUGCUGCUCUUCGUCUGCCUGCUGUGGGCCGCCCUCAGGACCGUGCUCUUCUCCUUCUAUCUCACGAACUGUGCCCAGGCCAAUGCCCUGCAGCCCUUCCCCCACUGGCUGCUCUACUGCUCCCCCAUCUGUCUGCAGUUCUGCACCUUGUGUCUCCUCAACCUCUAUUUUUCGCAGGUUAUUUUUAAAGCUCGCUGCUCCCCGGAAUUCAACAGAUACAAGAUCCCCCUUCACUUCGGAUUCCUCCUCACUAGUCUCGCCUUCCUGAUAGUGAACUUAUCGUGCAUUCUGGUUGGUGAUGGCGCCGAUGACCAGCACGGAUGGAUCACUAUGAUCAGGAUGAUAUUCAGCGACUGUCUCUUUGCCGCCUGUUCCAUCUCCCUGGCCAACAACACCUAUCGGAUCGCCAACAUGUCUCCUGCGUACGUCUACUUAGAAUCCAAGGGCACCUCUGGCAGCCAAGCGGUGAUCACCGGCUCCAUAAUCAGCGUCCUGUAUAUUCUCAGAGCCUUAUACAACUUGGUGGUGGUCUCCAUCCAGCCAGAAAACAAGCCGAGUCCUUUCAGCUACGGCUGGAGCGGGGUCUCCUAUCAUGCUGUUACAGAAGAGCGGAAUAGUCUGGAAUAUCUCAUCUUUGGGCUUCUCCUCCUGUUCUGUGAGUUCCUGCCAAUGAGCCUGAUGGCGUUCUUCUUCCGGGCUAAGAAGCUGAGCCAGAACCUGGAACCAGCUGGUAUGGUGAAUAGUCACAGCUUCGGCUCCAGAGCUUACUUUUUUGACAAUCCUAGAAGAUACGACAGUGACGAUGACCUGCCCAGACUGGCGGGUGCCAGAGCGGAGAGGGGAAGUCUCCCAUCCACCCCAAAAUCGUCCGGAUGGUAUGGAGCAAUAUGUCCGACCAGCAGCUGCGCACUGGCGCCCCCUCUACUGAGCGAGCCGCCAUCCGGGACUCCCAUCCUGUUCACGUGUGGAUCUAGUACACUGGCGUGACCCUGACAGGACAGAUACUCGUGCACCUUCUGCCGCCGUCUGUUGCCAUGACAGUAAGGCGCGUCCAAUACCUUUGUUUACGUUUACGCCGCAUUUGCGAAUACACAUUCCGUUUCUUUUUUUUCGAAUUUUUUUUUUUUUUCCAAGACUGUUUAAACAUCCUUAAGACUUGCUGAGGUACUUGGAGAGGUCUUCAGGAGCAGAAAUGGCAGCCGGCAGCCCUCGCCUAAGGAAUUCCUAAACCGCGCAGGUUUCGGGGUUUUUUGCACUCUUAAUGUUUCAUGUGUGGGGAAAAGACUGAUUCUUCCCGUUUCCAGACACGACAAACCAAAAAAAGAUGAAAAAACAAAUGUUGCAGAUAAAUUCUUCAAAAGGGUCGAUGGCGACUCUUCUAUGUCAUACGCUCGUAACCCCUCCCCAAUUUAUAUAUAUAUUUUUUUUCAAUUUAUGCCAAAAUAAAGAAGCAACCAGCUUAACUUCGUGGCAAGUUAAUACGGAUGUAGUUACUAAGACCCUCAUCUCUGCCGUGAACCCUCUACGUUUUGUAGAAGAGAUUUUUAGUUUUGCAUUUCGCAAAACGUUUGUAGUUGCACACCGGUAGGUGACGCCAUCGACUAUAUUCAUGGAAGGAAAGGGGGGGGGGUAGCCGCAUCCAAAUUUUUCAACCUGGUAUAAAGCUGUUUAAUUCUGGAAAAAACGUACUGUCACCACUAGGGGGAAGCUUACUGCAUAUGUUAAAGGGGUACUCUGAUGGAAAAAUUAUAAAAAUGGUGCCAGAAAGUCAAUUUGUAAAUUACUUCAAUAUAAAAAUCUUAAUCCUUCCAGUACUUAACAGGUGAUGUAUACUCAACAGGAAGUUGUGUAGCUCUUUCCUCUGCAGUGGCAAAGGUUGCCUAUGCCUGACCUAGAGAAUGCUUACCGCAUACAUUAAUUCAGUAGUAGCACAGUAUGCAGUAAGCUUCCCCAUGUUGAUGCCUAAUGCAAGGAUCUAGAUCAG